GUAAAACUCCUGCUGCUAAUGGGGUCAUUUCCUUUUUCGUUACUUUAAUCAUUUAUCAAUCUUUGGUUCCUAUUUCUCUUUAUAUUUCGGUGGAAAUUAUCAAAACUUUACAAGCCUUUUUCAUUUUUUCAGAUAUUAAAAUGUAUUAUGAAAAAUUGGAUUUCCCCUGUGUUCCUAAAACUUGGAAUAUUAGUGAUGAUUUAGGUCAAAUUGAAUAUAUUUUCAGUGAUAAAACCGGUACUUUAACUCAAAAUGUUAUGGAAUUCAAAAAAUGUACCAUCAAUGGUAAAUCUUAUGGUUUGGCUUACACUGAAGCUAAGCAGGGUUUGGACAAACGUAACGGUGUUGAUGUUAUCAAAGAACAAGAAGUUUGGAAAACAAGAAUUGAUUCAAAUAAAUCAGAAAUGAUUGAUAAUUUAAUCCAAUAUUCAAAUAAUGAUCAACUUCGAAGUGAUCGUUUAACUUUUGUUUCUAAUGCUUAUGUUGAAGAUACUUUAAUUAAUAAAUCAGACCAAAAAAUUCAUAAUGAACAAUUCAUGUUUGCUUUGGCUCUUUGUCAUACCGUGGUUACUGAACAAAAUGAUGAAGAUCCUGAAUUGAGAGAUUUUAAAGCAGAAUCUCCAGAUGAAGCAGCUUUGGUUUCUGUAGCAAGUGAUGUUGGUAUUGUCUUUAAAAAUCGUUUGAGAAAAUCAGUCAUCUUAAGUGUUUAUGGUGAAGACCAGGAAUUUGAAUUAUUGGAAAUCAUCCCAUUUACUUCUGCUAGAAAAAGAAUGUCUUGUAUAUUUAGAUUCCCAGAUGGUACUAUUAAAGUCAUUACAAAAGGUGCUGAUAACGUUAUUUUCCAAAGAUUAUCUUGUGGAACUGAUGAUGAUCUUAUUCAUAAAACUGCUUUACAUUUAGAAGAUUAUGCUAAAGAAGGUUUAAGAACUUUAUGUAUUGCAGAACGUGAAUUAGAUCCAAAAUUUUUCGAUGACUGGCAUAGACGAUAUAAAGAAGCUGCUUCAUCAAUAGAAGACGAUGCUGAAAUAAUGCUUGAAAAAUUAAGUGAAGACGUUGAAUCAGACUUGCUUUUAUUAGGUGGUACUGCUAUCGAAGAUCGUUUACAACAGGGUGUGCCAGAUUCGAUCGCUUUAUUAGCUCAAGCCGGUAUUAAAUUAUGGGUUUUAACUGGUGAUCGUAUUGAAACUGCUAUUAAUAUAGGGUUUUCUUGUAACUUAUUGGGUAACGACAUGAAAUUAUUAGUGGUUAGACCUGAUGAUAAAGAUGCUUCAAAUAUUCAAUAUAUUGAUGAAUUAAUCAGUAAGUACUUGAAAGAAUCUUUCCAGAUUGAGGCUAGUUCUUCUCGGGAUAUCGAUGGCUUGAUUAAGGCUGCUGUUAAAGAUCAUUCAACCCCAAGUUCAAAUGCCGCUUUAAUUAUUGAUGGUGCAGCAUUAUCUUUGGUUUUCAAUGAUUCAAAUGAUGAACAUAUUCAAAAUUUGAGAAAGAAAUUCCUUAUUCUAGGCAAACAAUGUAACUCUGUUCUUUGUUGUCGUGUUUCACCAGCUCAAAAAGCUGAAGUUGUUAAAAUUGUUAAAAAUAGUUUGAAAGUUAUGACUUUGGCUAUCGGUGAUGGGGCUAACGAUGUCGCUAUGAUUCAAGCUGCCAAUGUUGGUGUUGGUAUUGCUGGUGAGGAAGGUAGACAAGCUGUCAUGUCAUCUGAUUACGCAAUUGGUCAAUUUAGAUUCUUAACUAGACUUUUAUUGGUCCAUGGAAGAUGGUCUUAUAAAAGAUUGGCUGAAAUGGUUCCUUGUUUCUUCUAUAAAAAUGUUGUUUUCACUUUAACAUGUUUCUGGUAUGGUAUAUAUAAUGAUUUUGAUGGUUCUUAUCUUUAUGAAUAUACCUACUUGAUGUUUUAUAAUUUAGCAUUUACUUCUUUACCUGUUAUUGUGUUGGCUGUUUUGGAUCAAGAUGUUUCCGAUACUAUUUCCUUGGUUGUUCCUCAAUUAUAUAGAUCUGGGGUUUUGGGAUUAGAAUGGUCUCAAUAUAAAUUCGUAUGGUAUAUGUUGGACGGCCUUUAUCAAUCUGUUAUUUCAUUUUUCUUUCCAUAUUUGUUAUUCUAUAUGAGUUUCCAAAAUCCUCAAGGUUUAGCUGUUGAUCACAGAUUCUGGAUUGGUGUUGUUGCUGCUUGUAUUAGUGUUACUGCUUGUGAUAUUUAUGUUUUAUUACAACAAUACAGAUGGGAUUGGUUAUCUUUAUUAAUUGAUGCCUUAUCUAUUUUAGUUGUUUAUUUCUGGUCAGGUGUUUGGAGUUCUAGAAUUUACGCUGGUGAAUUUUAUAAAGCCGGUGCUCAAGUUUUAGGUACCUUAGGUUGUUGGUGUUGUAUCUUUAUUGGGGUAAUAGUUAACCUCUUACCAAGAUUUACCUAUGAUUUCUUAAUGAGAAACUUCAAACCCAGGGAUAUUGACAUUAUUAGAGAAAGAGCCCGCAGAGGUGAAUAUAUCGAUUAUCCUGAAGGUUAUGAUCCAACUAAUUUAGAAGAUAUUGAAAGACAUAGAAUUUUAACCCGUCUCAAUCAAGGUGAUACCGAAUUAUUAGAAAAGAUUGAAAAUAAUAUCGAAUCCGAUACUUUGGCGGGCCGUGAAUCUACUCACGAAAAUUCAGAAGAACACGAAGCCAAUAAUCCAUUUGCCAAAACUUUUAAAUCUAUUAGACGUUCCACAAUCUCUAGAUCAAGAAGAGGUACUGUCUCGAGAUCAAGAAGAAGCACUGUUAAUGACCAAAGUAAGCAUCAUCAACAAUUACUCAGUAAACCUCUUAAUUUACAUGAAUUAAGAUUACAAAUGAUUAAAGAUGGUGAAUACAACACCGGAUCUCGCAAUUCAUUAGAAAGAAUUAGUACGACUCACGAAUUACCUGGUUUAACUCAAGCUGAAACUCUUAUUUCAUACCACAAGCGUAAUUCUAUAAACUUUGAUGGUUAAUGAUUACAAUGUUCUCAGUUGUCAAAAAUUAAUCUUUUAUUUCUUCUAAUACGUUUAGAGGCUCUGUUCAUUAAAUUUUUCGAAGUCAG